AGUUUGCACAUUUUAGUUUUUAAAGCCGGCCGUUGGAGAGCGGGUCAUGUUAGCGAAUUUUAGCGGAGUACAUGCUUGAUUGGCGGUGUAUAGGCUUAGCUUUGUGUUGUCGGGACUGAGGUAGUGACGAGGACCUGCGUCUCAAGGUCAUCGCCAGGCCUGCAGGGCCACAUCCCGUGCCAUGGGGCCGGGAACACUUUUCUAUUUUUUGGCCGCGCUAGCCAUAGUAAGUGCUAGCAAGGACACGCCAAAGAACCCACCAAAAGAUGAUCCCAAAGUAAUCGCAGAGGCCCGAGAGGCUCGCCAGUACGGUCCUUACCAGGGACAAGCCGACAACGAAGUCGUCGUAGACAUCGAAGACGCCGAGAAGAAACAGUACUACGAAACCAACUAUGACACAAGUGCAUACGGCUUCGGUUAUGACGUUGGUCCGAACGGGCAGUUCCACCAUGAGAACCGUGGUCCGGACGGCGUCACCUACGGUUGCUAUGGUUACGUAGACCCUGACGGCUUCCUCCGUGCUACUCACUACGUCGCUGACAGCCACGGGUACAGAGUAGUAGAACCAGAGAAACCAGUCGAGGUGUUCCCUGACGAGAAAUACGAAUAUGAUGAAGCGACUGGACAGGCGGCUAACACUCAGCCAGGCCAACUCAUCCCUUGGAACAAACUGUACUUCCCCAAGGGAUGUGGUCGCACUCCCGGCGGAGUUCCCGCUAAACCUCUACCGAAACCAAAACCGAAACCGAAACCGCCGCGUCCUGUAGACAGCAGCAGCGAGAACUCCAACGUUUCACCCGUGCAAACUGGACAAGGACCUAACGGACCUUAUGGCCCAGGAUCAUGGCAAGGCACUCCAGGUACCCCGGGUACUCCAGGUACCGCCGGCACUCCCGGAUCUCCGGGCACUCCCGGCUCACCAGGUGGACCAGGUGGACCAGGCGGCCCCGGUGGACCGACAGGUGGUUACUACCCAGGCACAGGAGGAUCUCCAGGCAGCCCAGGUACGCCAGGCAGCCCAGGUACCCCGGGCACUCCCGGUACACCAGGAUUCCCAGGCACGGAGGGCACUCCCGGAACACCAGGAUUCCCAGGCACGGCGGGCACUCCCGGAACACCAGGAUUCCCAGGCACGACGGGCACUCCCGGCUACUACCCCGGCUACGGUGAAUACUAUCCUGGACAAGGUACAGACUUAGGCAGCGGAGGAUAUUACCCAGGACAGCCCAUUGGACCAGGAGGAUCUAAUGGUCCUGAUGGUUUCUACGGACCUGACGGCGUUUACUACCCUGGAACUCCAGGAACCCCAGGUACCCCAGGCUCUCCAGGGUCACCAGGGUCACCAGGCGGCCCCGGCGGACCAGGAGGUCCAGGUGGCCCAGGAGGACCAGGAGGCCCGGGAGGCCCGAAUGGUCCCGACGGUCCCUCUGGUGGAUACUACCCAGGACCACCCGGCACACCAGGCAGCCCAGGAUCACCAGGCACACCAGGAGGACCUGGGGGACCAGGUGGGCCAGGAGGUCCAGGAGGUCCCGGUGGUCCUAAUGGCCCCGAUGGCCCCUCUGGUGGUUACUACCCAGGACCACCCGGCGCACCAGGCAGCCCAGGAUCACCCGGCACACCAGGAGGACCAGGAGGCCCAGGAGGCCCCGGCGGUCCAGGAGGUCCCGGAGGUCCUAACGGCCCCGGUGGUCCCUCUACCGGCGGUUACUACCCAGGCCAACCCGGCAGCCCAGGCAGCCCAGGAUCACCCGGCACACCAGGAGGCCCAGGUGGUCCAGGUGGUCCAGGAGGUCCAGGAGGGCCCGGCGGUCCUAAUGGCCCCGGUGGUCCCUCUACCGGCGGUUACUACCCAGGACAACCCGGCAGCCCAGGCAGCCCAGGAUCACCCGGCACACCAGGAGGCCCAGGUGGUCCAGGUGGUCCAGGAGGUCCAGGAGGGCCCGGCGGUCCUAAUGGCCCCGGUGGUCCCUCCACCGGAGGUUACUAUCCGGGACAACCCGGCGCCCCAGGCAGCCCCGGAUCACCCGGCACACCAGGAGGACCAGGCGGUCCAGGUGGUCCAGGAGGCCCAGGAGGACCAGGUGCCCAACCAGGAUACCCAGUAAAACCAGGACAGCCAGGACAACCUGGCCAACCGGGAUACCCAGGCCAGCCCGGUCAACCCGGAACACCAGGACAACCAGGAUUCCCAGGACAACCUGGCCAACAAGGAGGACCAGGACAGCCCGGACAACCCGGCAAACCUGGACAGCCCGGUCAACCAGGAUACCCAGGACAGCCCGGACAACCAGGAUACCCAGGACAACCAGGCCAACAAGGAGGACCAGGACAGCCAGGAUACCCAGGACAGCCUGGACAACCAGGCCAGCCAGGAUACCCAGGACAGCCCGGACAACCUGGUCAGCCAGGAUUCCCAGGACAACCAGGUGAACCUGGACAACCCGGUCAACCAGGAUACCCAGGACAACCCGGACAACCCGGCAAACCUGGACAGCCCGGUCAACCAGGAUACCCAGGACAACCUGGUCAGCCAGGACAACAAGGAGGACCAGGACAGCCAGGACAACCAGGAUACCCAGGACAACCCGGACAACCCGGCAAACCUGGACAGCCCGGUCAACCAGGAUACCCAGGCCAACCUGGUCAGCCAGGACAACAAGGAGGACCAGAACAGCCAGGAUAUCCAGGACAACCCAGCAAACCUGGACAGCCCGGUCAACCAGGAUACCCAGGACAACCUGGUCAGCCAGGACAACAAGGAGGACCAGGACAGCCUGGUCAACCAGGAUACCCAGGACAGCCCGGACAACCCGGAGAGCCCGGUAAGCCUGGACAACCAGGUUACCCAGGCCAGCCCGGACAACCCGGCAAACCAGGGCAGCCCGGCCAACCAGGAUACCCAGGACAACCUAGCCAACCCGGACAGCAAGGAGGACCAGGACAACCAGGAUACCCAGGACAACCCGGAGAGCCGGGUAAGCCAGGACAACCAGGCUACCCAGGCCAGCCCGGUCAACCAGGAUAUCCAGGACAACCUGGUCAACCAGGACAACAAGGCGGACCAGGACAGCCAGGAUACCCAGGACAGCCAGGACAGCCCGGACAACCCGGCAAACCUGGACAGCCCGGUCAACCAGGAUACCCAGGACAACCUGGUCAGCCAGGACAACCAGGCCAACAAGGAGGACCAGGACAGCCAGGAUACCCAGGGCAACCCGGCCAACCUGGUAAACCAGGACAGCCCGGUCAACCAGGAUACCCAGGACAGCCAGGUGAACCAGGACAGCCCGGUCAACCUGGAUACCCAGGACAACCUGGUCAGCCAGGACAACAAGGAGGACCAGGACAGCCAGGACAGCCAGGAUACCCAGGACAACCCGGGAAACCUGGACAGCCCGGUCAACCAGGAUACCCAGGACAACCUGGUCAGCCAGGACAGCCCGGUCAACCAGGAUACCCCGGACAACCCGGACAACCCGGGAAACCAGGACAGCCUGGUCAACCAGGAUACCCAGGACAACCUGGUCAACCAGGCCAGCAAGGAGGACCAGGACAGCCCGGACAGCCCGGCAAACCAGGAUACCCAGGACAGCCUGGUCAGCCAGGACAACCCGGACAACCCGGCAAACCUGGACAGCCCGGUCAACCAGGAUACCCAGGACAACCAGGGGAACCAGGACAGCCCGGUCAACCAGGUUACCCAGGCCAGCCCGGACAACCCGGCAAGCCAGGACAGCCCGGUCAACCAGGAUACCCAGGUCAACCUGGCCAGCCAGGACAGCAAGGAGAACCAGGACAACCAGGAUACCCAGGACAACCCGGACAACCUGGAGAGCCGGGUAAGCCUGGACAACCAGGUUACCCAGGCCAGCCCGGACAACCAGGAUACCCAGGACAACCUGGUCAGCCAGGAUACCCAGGACAACCAGGCCAACAAGGAGGACCAGGACAGCCCGGACAACCCGGCAAACCUGGACAGCCCGGUCAACCAGGAUACCCAGGACAGCCGGGACAACCUGGUCAGCCAGGACAACCAGGCCAACAAGGAGGACCAGGACAGCCCGGCCAACCUGGCAAACCAGGACAGCCCGGUCAACCAGGUUACCCAGGCCAGCCCGGACAACCCGGCGGACCAGGACAGCCAGGAUACCCAGGACAGCCCGGACAACCCGGCAAACCUGGACAGCCCGGACAACCAGGAUACCCAGGACAACCUGGUCAGCCAGGACAACCAGGCCAACAAGGAGGACCAGGACAGCCAGGAUACCCAGGGCAGCCCGGCCAACCUCUCAAACCAGGACAGCCUGGUCAACCAGGAUACCCAGGACAGCCAGGACAGCCAGGAUACCCAGGACAGCCUGGACAACCGGGCACACCAGGUCAACCGGGAUACCCAGGCCAACCAGGUCAGCCAGGACAACCAGGCCAACAAGGAGGACCAGGACAGCCAGGAUACCCAGGACAGCCCGGCCAACCUGGCAAACCAGGACAGCCUGGUCAACCAGGAUACCCAGGACAGCCAGGUGAACCAGGCCAGCCCGGUCAACCUGGUUACCCAGGCCAGCCCGGACAACCCGGCAAACCAGGACAACCCGGUACACCUGGACAACCAGGAUACCCAGGACAACCUGGUCAGCCAGGACAACCAGGCCAACAAGGAGGACCAGGACAGCCAGGAUACCCAGGACAGCCUGGACAACCGGGCACACCAGGUCAACCGGGAUACCCAGGCCAACCAGGACAGCCAGGACAACCAGGCCAACCCGGAACACCAGGACAGCCCGGUCAACCAGGAUACCCCGGACAACCAGGUCAACCAGGACAACCAGGCCAACAAGGAGGACCAGUACAGCCCGGACAACCCGGAAAACCUGGACAGCCAGGUCAACCAGGAUACCCAGGACAGCCUGGUCAGCCCGGGCAACCCGGUACGCCAGGACAACCCGGUCAACCAGGAUACCCCGGACAACCAGGACAGCCAGGACAGCCAGGAUACCCAGGACAACCAGGAAAACCCGGCAAACCUGGACAGCCCGGUCAACCAGGUUACCCAGGACAACCUGGUCAGCCAGGACAACAAGGAGUACCAGGACAGCCAGGAUACCCAGGACAACCCGGACAACCCGGCAAACCUGGACAGCCCGGCCAACCAGGAUACCCAGGACAACCUGGUCAGCCAGGAUACCCAGGACAGCCCGGCCAGCCAGGAGAACCUGUACAACCCGGUAUACCCGGACAACCAGGAUAUCCAGGACAGCCCGGACAACCAGGAGGGCCAGGACAGCCCGGCUACCCAGGACAGCCUGGUCAGCCAGGACAACCCGGUACACCUGGACAGCCAGGAUACCCAAGCCAACCCGGACAACCAGGAUACCCAGGACAGCCUGGGCAGCCAGGACAACCCGGCAAACCAGGGCAACCUGGACAACCAGGAUACCCAGCACAGCCCGGUCAACCCGGACAACCAGGUCAACAAGGAGGCCCAGGACAGCCAGGAUACCCAGGCCAGCCCGGGCAACCCGGCAAACCUGGACAGCCAGGACAACCUGGCAAACCAGGGCAACCUGGACAACCAGGUUACCCCGGACAGCCUGGUCAGCCAGGACAACCCGGUACACCUGGACAGCCAGGAUACCCAAGCCAACCCGGACAACCAGGACACCCAGGACAGCCCGGUCAGCCAGGACAACCAGGUCAACAAGGAGGCCCAGGUCAACCCGGACAACCAGGAUACCCAGGACAGCCUGGCCAGCCAGGACAACCCGGUAAACCAGGGCAACCUGGACAACCAGGAUACCCAGGACAGCCCGGACAACCCGGACAACCAGGUCAACAAGGAGGCCCAGGACAGCCAGGAUACCCAGGCCAGCCCGGGCAACCCGGAAAACCUGGACAGCCCGGACAACCAGGAUACCCAGGACAGCCCGGACAACCAGGAUACCCAGGACAGCCUGGACAACCAGGCCAGCCUGGACAGCCUGGUCAGCCAGGAUACCCAGGCCAGCCUGGACAGCCUGGUCAGCCAGGAUACCCAGGACAGCCUGGUCAGCCAGGAUACCCAGGACAGCCUGGAGAACCUGGUCAGCCAGGAUAUCCAGGACAACCGGGUCAACCAGGACAGCCCGGUUACCCAGGCCAGCCUGGACAGCCUGGUCAGCCAGGCUACCCAGGACAACCAGGACAGCCCGGACAACCAGGACAACCUGGACAACCAGGAUAUCCUGGACAACCAAGUCAACCUGGAUACCCAGGACAGUACCCAGAUUCGGAAGUAUCACCAUCGGGCACUGGGGUUCAACCACCUGCAACGGUUCCAUCUGGUCAAAUGCCACCAUUCCCUAUUUACGUCAUCCCGUAUCCACUGCCUAUCGUUCCCAGUCCGUCGUCAUGCCCGUGCUAUUUACUGAAACCAGGACAGAACGGUACGACUCAAGCUCAAGCACCACCACAGGCAACGUCUCCACCACAGCAUCAACACCAAAACCAGCCGCAAUAUGCACCCUACGGCAUUAUUGGAUUUAUCCCCGUAGUGUUUGUACCCUACUGCCCAGGAAACGGCACAAACAUGAACAGCGCUCAGGAGAACUUCCCUAACGCGGUACCUGUACAAUACAAUUGUGCACAAUGCCAAGCCAACCAAGACAUAUACCGAUACCUCGGCAGACUCAAUGGGGGCCGAAGCGCUGAUUUCAACGAUCUCAAAGAAAUCAAAUCUUUGUCUGAAUUAGACGACCUUCUCAGAAAUCAAAUUAAGCCUUUAAGAAAGGGUAUGCGCACUAUCGCUGCCCAUCCGCGUGUACUUGCAUCGAACGAAAAGAAUAAUAAAAAAAAGGAGAAGAAUGAAACUAAGAAUGAGAAUAAAACUAGGGUUAAGGUCGAGAAAAACUAAGUAGCCAUAUUAUUUUUAUUCAGUUGUAUGCCAAAAUUCUUUCAGGUGAUUUGGGCUACAACUUGUCUAAUUUUGAGACUGUCCGAUGGUAAAUAUUCUUGGACGAUCUCAAAAUUUUAAAGAUGACGUAAACACAAUAUUUAUUGCCCACAAAUAUAGGUACAUGUACGUCAUGAAAAUAUAGGUUUUAGAAAAUUGUAUAAUAUUUGCAUAAGUAUAUAAGUAUUUUUAUUGUUUCAUGAUACGCUUCUGUAUGUAAUAUUUACAAUUUAAAGUAAUGAUGUCAUUUAUUAUUUUUGUUUUAAACAUUUUGAAAAAAUCAUUAAUGUUGAGACGUAUUGAAUGGAAACUGUAAAGAAAUAAUAAAUAUAUUUUUCAAAUAA